AUACGAUAUGACGAAACCCACUUUUCCCCCAUUUACAAAUUCUGUAAUUAUUCAUCGCGUAAUAUGCUCUAUUUUCCAAAUCAAUCUAUUCUGUUCCCGCAUUGAUACUCGGUCUUUCAUGAAAUCCAAUUUCAUGCCGCCUCGUCUCCUCGUCCUGUCUUGAAUCGCGACCUGUCUUGCUUCCAUAACUGUUGCAGGCCCCAUAAUAGCGUGGGCAUCAAACAAAGAUGGUAGCCAAGCGCCGUGCGUUGCUGGCCGCGAGCGCCAGCGCUGCGGCUGCGCACAAGGCACCAGGCGCUGCAUACACUACGUUGACUACGCUGUUCACCACUCUGAAGAAGGAAGCAAAGGACCUGUUCGAUAUCAAGGUGCCAGAGCUUGAAGAGCACAAUGCCGACUGCAAAGAGGCCAUCGAUACAAUGGCUGAGGAGAUAGCGAAGCAAACGAAGCUGAAGGUGAGCACUUGUGGAGACAAUAUUUGUUGACCCCUUGAUACAAUCUGUUGUUGAACAAAGGUGAUGAUGAAAAACACAACGUUGAGAUAGACGAGGUCUGAGUAAUGUCGGAGUAUACGACGAUGUUCUACUUUGGUACCUGCACGCGUAACUACGUGGAAAAGGGAUAAUUUUUCGUGAUCGUGUGAAUGAAGAUUCAAAUAUAUUUUUAUCUUUCUCGUCUAGGAAUCUAGUAUCUAUGAAACUUCGAUAUCUCCCCCCUCACACCCACAACAGACUGAAGCAGAAACAGCAGAAGCUGACGCAGAAAAGGCAAUAGAGGCAGCGGAAGCAGCAAAGUUGAAGGAAGAGCAACUCAAAGACGCUGCGGAGACAUCGAAGGCAAAUGCCGUCCUCACAUACGAUAAGACGACCGCUCGCAUGGGAUACGACCUCAAUUAUGGCUAGUAGCAAUGUCAAUGUGGGUAGAAAAAUGAAUCUAAGUCAAUAUAGUUCCGUUACAUUUUUCAAUGUGAGUCAGCAUAAUGUUAAUUAUUCCAUGUAUUUUGUUCAAGUAGGUCGUGAUGCAAGGGGGCAGCUAGUAACUAGCAAGUUGCUUAUACUGUUAAUAUUCCUGGAUGGUGAUAGAAGCACGAGAUUAGGCUAGAAGAAGUCGGAGAUAGUUCAGAAAACGAUAAUACUAAGAACUGAGGUAGCCAAGAGUAGAAAUAGUUUCUAGACGAAGAAGAUCCAACGACAUAGUGCUAGUGGAAUGGUGGAGGUAGUCUGAGAAUAAUCACUAGAAUAUCAUCUUCACAACAGCUCUAAUGAUUGCAGCUCCAGGACGCGACUUCUGGGCUCGACGACGCUCUGGGAAAAAUCAAGGCUGACGCAACUUUGGCGGACAGCACGAAGAGCAAGCUGCAGCACACCAUGUCGCAGCUGAAGGACAAAAUGACCGAAGACCAGAAGAAGUUGUCCGACGAAAUCGAACUGGGCAAGGACUUCCACGCCGAAGCGCAGAAGACGCUCCAAGAGCAGAUUGAUGCGCAUGCUGGCGUGAUCUCCGAACUCGUGAUCACGGUGGACACGGAAAACGGCAAGCUGACGGCGGCGAAGAAGGCUAAGGCAGAGGCGAUCUCGAAUAUCAAUGCGGAGAAGGCGUCGAAGCGCGCGAAAACCGCAGCCUGUGCGGAGAAAAAGGCGGCCCUGGAAGCAGAAAUCAAGGACGCGGAUGACCGCAUGAAAGCCCUUUCUGCGGCUCUGGAUAUCCUAGGGGAGCCAGCCGCUGCGGCUGAGGUAACUGUCUCUCACAUCACGACAACCACUCUUUUCACUAACUUUCUGAAAGAAAACCACAUCAAGAACCCUCAACUACAGCAUUGUCUCCUCACAACAUCGAGAAUCACAACCCCUCCUACAUCAUAAAGAACACCCCUCUCCAUGUAUUGCGUUUCCUCAACUCCAACGAACAGCUGCUCCAAGCGGAGAAGGUUAUCAUGCUGCAGCAAAAGCCAGCAACGGGGUUCCUUCAGCUGCGCAACAGCCCUAAAAAGCCAGUGCUCGAUCUUCUCGCCACCAUGUCAUCCAGUUGCAAGGCCGCCGAUCUCCUUCGCUUGGCCCUCGAUCAGAAACCAGGUGUUAAUAGUGUCCUGCAAAGGUGGUGAUCAUGUUGUGUAAUUGAAAGUUUUAUUUUGCAUCGAAGUGUCCAAGCCUGAUUUUGACCAUUCGCGAUAUCUCCUUUGUGAUCUAUCGUUUUUCUUUCAUUCUUAGGAGGUAGGAGUAUGUAUGAUUAUCUGUCAUCAUUUUAAAUGACCCUUUUUAUUUAUCAAAAUACUGUAUGAUUUUCUGUCAUCAUUGUCGAUCACCCUUUAUUUAUCAGGUGCUGCCGAAGCGUUUUCGAAAAUCGCAUCUGAGAUCGAUACACUGUCGAAUACCAUGUAUGAGCAGCAGGAAGAGGACCAGAAAUCGAAGACUUGGUGCCAGCAGAAGGAAAAUGAGCUGACUUUGCGAAUCCAGGACUUGACCAAGACGAAAGAGGAGCUAGAGCUCGCCGUCGAAUCCCUCGGAAACACGGCAGCCUCGCACAAGAUCAAGGUAAUUGAGCUCUGUCGGGUUUUUGUGUGUAGAACUUCUUGUUUUGGUUUUCUGUUGUGAACGAACUUUUAACCAAAUGGUACACUCCAGAAACCUAAAGCUAGUGAAAACAUCAUCACCAUCUAAAUCUAAACAUCUACAAAGGCCGAGAAAGCGACUUCCGAUAUCAACGCAGCGACGAAACAGAAUGUGAACGACCAUAAGAAGCUGGUCGAAGACCUUGAUGCGAACAAGGUAGAACAAGAGCAGCUAAAGGAAGACUUUGGCAACCUGGAGCAGGCUAAAAUCGCGCUCACGAACGUCUUCAAAGGACGGUACUUUUUUUUCCAAUCGCAAGCGCUCAACGACAUGUAGAUCAGGGACUUCGACGGACAACUAGUAUCAUUUCAUAUAUCAUUUUCCAUGUCUAGAAAAAGCACAUCCUCACCCAUGUUCUGCUUAAUAUCCCCUAUUGAUUCCGCACCAUCUAUCUUCACAUUUUUCAACUACAGUACCGAGAGCGGCGGCCACAUUGUCUUGGACGAGGUGGACAAGGUGAUCGGCCAGUACGAGGUUGCUAUGACCGAGGCCGGCCGCGCCGAGAAGGAGAUCCAGGCCUCCAUGGAGAACACGGAGGACGACCAUAAGACUAACAUCGCGCGCCUUUCGACGAUCGAGAAGCGCAACAAGCUGGGGCUCAAGGACAACACCGCCAAGCAGCUGUCAAAGUCGGACGCGCUCCGCGUGACCAACAGCGAUCUGAAGGUCACUCAGGGCACCAUGGUCAAGGUGGUCACGGGAGAAGAAGCCAAGUGCCUCAACUGGAAGGAGAUGUACACCUCUAGGAUGGCAGACCGCAAGGCCGAAAUCGAUAACCUCAAGUCCGCAAAGGAGGCCUUGUCGGAGUACAUGACCUCGCUCGGACUCAAGAUGACCAUGUAAUAUGGUCCUCUUGCAAUAACCAAUUUUUACACUUUUAUAGUCAUAACCUACCACCGGGGUGAUAGUGCUUGGGUAGGUGAAGAAGAGGGUUGUGACGGUCUUAAAGAGGGUGAGGAAUUUAAGCAUGUUUAGGUGAAUAGAUAUAGCUGAACCAGAACAGUAGUAGCAGUCUCGUCUUGUAAAUGAAUCCUUGUAGGCAUAAAUAUCGUAUUCCAUUGACGCUACAUGACAUGAAAGGAAUCCAUGACAAUGCUGCAAACAUAGAGAUGUCUAACGAUGAAAAAUGAUGCUAUAGAAACGCAAAAUGUACAGUGUUGCAGCACUGCAAUCUUUUUUCUCUUAUAGGCUAACCAUCAGCACGCAUUUAUUGGUAUCGCAUCAACCCUCACUCUUACUACUUGUUCAUUCUCUUAGGCAACUGUUUGUUAUUUUGUUUAGGUAUUUGACACUCAUUUCUUGAAUUUUCUCUCGUAUGACAAACUAUUGAAUUUCGAUGCAAUGGCAAAUCAACUAGGAAUCCAUGAAGGAUUUAGAUCUCGUUUUUUACUGUAUGCUUCACUUGAGUGCACAGAGGGUUGCACAGAAAUACAGCGUAGCCGCAAGAAACUCUUGCGUUCCUCGCAUCGAGGGUGCAGAGACAUUGCACCGGACCUGCGAUCUUUGUCAGGCAUGAGAAUGUCGAAGCACCGUCUGUAAAUCCAAAUUCUUG